AUGUUCCGAUGGAAGAUGAAGGAGGGGGCGGCGGCGGCGAUGCCUCGUCCGGCGGCGGCGGCGACGCCUCGUCCGGUGGGGGAGGCGACGCCUCGUCCGGCGGCGGCGGCGCGUCCUUGUCGGGGGGUGGGGGAUACUCUUCUGGAGGCGGGGCAUCCUCGGCGGGUGGGGGAAGUUCCUCCGCGGGCGGCGGGAAGAAGUCCAAAGGUGGCGGCUCGCUUGGAGGGGAUGGCGGCGGCGGCCUCCGUCGCGGUGGCGGCGACGGCGGCGGGGACGGUGAGGAUGGCGGUGGCGGUGGCGGCGGCGGUGAAGGUGGUGGCGGUGUCGGCGGCGGUGGUGAUGGCGGCGGCGGUCGGGGAGGCCGCGGUGGCGGCGGCGGUGGGGGCCGCGGUGGCGGCGGCGAUGGGGACAGCGGUGGCGGCGGCGGUGGGGGCCGUGGCGGCGGCGACGGUGGAGGCCGUGGCGGUGGCGACGGUGGGGGUCGUGGCGGGGGUGGAGAUGGCGGGGAUGGUGAAGGCGGCGGUGAAGGGGGCGGUACAGGUGGCGGCGGCGGCGGCGGUGGCGGCGGUGGUGGUGGUUGUGAUGGUGACGGCGGCGGCAUGGACGGAGACCUGCACAAAUACGGUGCAAUAG